UUUUCAUUGCUAAUCUCAUUUGUUAUAGGAGGUCACCAACUUUGUUUUAUCUAUGGAUGCUUUGACUCAAGUGACACCCAGCUCUAUCUGACAUUAGACGAUGAUGAAUUGUAUUAUGCAGAUUAUAAAAACAAUGCCAGCGUCUGGGACAGCAAAAUACCAACACCUGUACAUACUGACUACAUAUACCCGUACUCAAAAAAAUACAAAGCCAUGUGUAACAAAGAUAUACAUCGAUGGAAACCAGACCCAGACGUUAGAAGGACUAAAGAUCCUCCAGAAGUGAUUAUUUACACCAAAGAUGAAGUGGUUGAAGAUGUAGAGAACAGUCUUGUGUGUUUUGCCAACAACUUUUACCCACCCGUAAUCAACAUCAGGUGGACCAAGAAUGACAAACUGGUGGCAGAGGAAGAUCCCUUCAUCAAAACUAUUUCCAACUCAGACGGGACGUUUCAUGUCUUCUCCUACCUGAACUUUGUUCCAAAGCAAGGAGACAUUUACAGCUGCACUGUGGAGCAUGAAGCUCUGCAGGAGCCUAAGACCAGGUUUUGGGAUGUUGAAACAGAGGAGAGGAGUAUGGGUCCAACCGUCUUCUGUGCACUUGGCCUGAUUCUUGGGCUUCUUGGAAUUGGUGCAGGAACUUUCUUGUUUGUGAAAGGAAACCAGUAUUGUUACAAUGCAGACACAGUUGGUUAAUGCAUAGCAUAAAACAGUAACUUCAUUUUUGGCUUCAUUUCUAUGGAAUAAACUUUAGGUCGUUUCAGGCUUUAUUUACAGGCAUUUUUCCUAUGCUAUGUUGGUGUUUCAAUAGUAGGCUUGUAAAUGUUCAGGUUAGCUUAAAUUACUACUAGAAAAAUUACACUUCAAUAUAAAUGUCUUUCCUCAACACUACAGUGCAGUUGUGUUGUGUCUUUUUGUCUGAUCAGAUGCAGCAUCCUGUUAGUAACUGCUAUUCAACAAGGAUAUCGUUUAAAAUAAAAAAACUGUUUUCUA